GGCAUACACAAAUCAUAUUCUAGAAGAUAACUUUAUAAUAGACUGAUCAACAGGUCAUAAGCGCUCCAUAGUAAAUACAAACCACCAGCAAAAGUACGAGUACAUAAAUUCCCAUCAAUAAAGGAAAUUUCAAUACGCCCAGCAAUGGCAACAAAUGGUACACGUCAACUAAUACCAAAUGUGAUUGGUUAUGGCCUCACACCUUUCGUCAAGAAAUUACUGAAUAACAUAUGCAACUUUUACGAUGAGCAGGACCUCAUAGAUGUAACAUUUAAGUUGUCUAAUCCAACUGCCUUAAUUCCAGCACAUCGCUUGAUACUCUCAGCGGCAAGCCCUUAUUUUAAGGAUCUUUUCAAAAGCCACAAGGGCCUAACUCCGGUUAUUGAAUUAAAUAACAUAGACAGUGACACCUUUGAGCUUUUAAUAGCUGAGUAUACAUUGCAGCGGGCAUAUUGUUUAGAGCGUGAAACUCAUUGUGUACCACUGUAUGAGAAACUCUUGGAAUAUGAAAUAAAUAAUUUUAUGGAAGCGGAACUCAAACUUCAGAUCCCGAAAUAUAACUGCAAGAUGGAUCGUAGAUAUUCAAAUCAAUUGACACAAAAGGGCAUACAAGAGUAG